AUGUCCCGUGCUGCUGGUAUCGAGCAGGAAAACGAGUCCCAGUUCAAUCUUCUGGCCAGCAAAAUCUCUACGUUCAAGAAUGUAGCCAACGAUAUCAACAACUACGCGCAAGAAGACUCCACCACGCUGUCCAACGUGUCCAACGCCAUGAGCGCACUGUUUGAGAACGUGAAAACAACAUCACGUUCCGGAUGGUGGUGGUUGGAGUGUUAG